AUGUCGACCGCUGCCUUGUCAGCUCCUCAUCUGGAGGUCAGUGCACCCGAUAAUAUGGACCUUCAUUCCGAAGACGGCCUGGACUUCGAUGAUGACGAUGUCGACAUCGAUCUGGACUUGCGUUCUGCAGGUGGCGUUGAUGACGAUGAAUCGCUCCGCGAUGCUGGGACAGAUGCUGGCCAGGAUAUGCAGGCCGUGCCGGGUGACCUGGACGACUUCAUGGCUGACAACGAGGAUCUGAUCGAAGAGGACAUCGUUGACGAAGACAUCGAGGUAGAUCUCCACCCGCAUUCAGCCGACCAUACCACCGCGCUUGACCAGUCCCCACCAGCUGGCCCCGAAGAAGACUUGAUUGAUUACUCGGAUGACGAAGACGCAGCCGUAGACGGAAAUACAGUCGCGACAAACGCGCCCCAAACUGAUACUCCCAUUGAAACUGUAAUUGCCCCAGAGAACGGAGACCAAGCGGGUGUCGACAACCUGUCUAGUCACGGAAGUCAAGCCGAAGAGAACGACGUUAAGUCACAAUACACUACAAAUGCGCAUCAGGUGCAGACUGACUUGGACCCUGUGCAAGCACAGGACUUGCACACAACAAAGCAACCUGGUGCUGCUUCCGCACAGCCAGACGAGCGAUCGCACUCUGUUGUGCAUGAUGACUACCAAACCUCGGGCCAGGAAACCCAUAGCCCAGAGCGUGGGACGAGUGAUCCUCUCAUCUUCUCGACUGGUGCCGGCGUUGACAACUCUUCGACCGAGCACAGCGGGCAAGGUGACAAAGACACCAACUUCCACCCUGUCAAUGUCAACUUCAACGGCCAGGACUACUGGCUGUUCCAGCAUCAUGACUAUGAGGGCAGUGGGGAUUACCUCCUCGAGGAUGACUCCUUUCUGAAACAGCCUCUUAAUUCCGUCAUCAAUGCUUGUCGGAAAGCUCUCCGCGCUCUUGACGUUGACGUCCCCGGUGAUUUUGAGCUUGGCUUCCGUCUUGACAGUCUCCACCAGGUCGAGCUCUUCGAAGAGCAUUCGACAUGUGCUUUUUUCAGCUUGAAUGACAUACUCGGUGUAUACCUGCAGCUCUAUGCUCAAGAUGGGAUUACUGACCCCGAGUACUUUUGCAUCUCGCUCGUGUCCCGCCCACGAGUCUCGUCUCUACUCGCCGAACUCUCCAGAGCCGCUACGGAAGGCAUUGGCUACUCAGGCUUAGACAAUGUUAUUGCGUCUGGGCAGAGUCUCUUCUCUGUCCAAAAAUCUCAUAGUCCUACCGAACAUAGUUCUGGGGAAUGGGAGGAGGAGGAGGAGGAUGAUGAUGUGCAAGAGGCGUCCGAGGUGCAGGACCACCCUGAAGUGGGGAACCCAGAUGGACACGAGGGAGAACACCAGGGAACAUAUGAACUCGAGGAUGUACAUGGGUCGUAUGAAGAGCAGGGCUCUGGCAAUGAGGACUGGCAGCAAGAGAGCAACGACAAGCACGAGCCUGAACGUGAGCCUGAGACUACCGCUGACGUUUCGGAGGAAAAAUCAUCAGCAGCUAUUACGGCAAGUGGAAGUGAUGUUCCUCAGAAUACGACAGCGAGCAUAGCCGAGGAUGUGGAGCAGCCCAUUACCGACAAUGAUCUUUCAGAGCAACAUCUUCAGGACCCUGAAGAGAACUUCAUUGACUAUAGUGACGACGAGGACGACGAGAACGCUCCUGGCCCCCAAGCCCAGACGAGCCGCGUCUCGUCGACCUCUGUAACGGUUCAGGGUGACGAUCCUUCUCACUCUCAGGACUAUGCGGAAACCGUAGCCCAAGCCGAGGAGCAGAGCGAGCACCCAAUCGAGGGCCUGAAUGAUGCACAAGCAGCCUCUGGUGCUGACGCCCUUGCCGAGUUCGAAGGCAAUGACUUCUCUUACGGAGAGCUUGAUGGGCAAGCCUACGGAGAAACUUACGAAGAAGAGUACGAGCCAGAGGCCAACGAUGACCAAGAAGCUGAGAGCUACCCUGGCUACGAUAUCGCUCAGGUGAACAUCGAAGACACUAACCAUCUUGGUGAUCUCGAACAGCAAUCAGCCGAUGAUGCUGAUGACCUCAACUUGACUGGGGAAUUACUUGUCGGCGAGUCUGACAUUGUAGACGAUGUUCUCGAAGGAGGAAACGCCUUCCUAGAGUUUGGCGACACAGUUGCGGUACCGGGACCAACAGUGAACCAUGAUGCCGCAGAAGACGAGUUAGAUUACUCUGAUGACGAGGAGGGCGGCGUGGUCAGUCAAGCUUUGGCCGCGGCAUCUGCGGCUGCUGACACCGUUGUCACUUCGUCUACCGAACCUCGAAAUCUGUCUCCACAGGGUCAGAAGAGAACAAUUGACGAGGUUGGCAAUGAUGUGGUGGAUGCAACCACUUCAACAGAUGCAAAGCGGCCUCGAGUGUAG